UGUGAGGUGUGCGAUUGUCAAAUCGCAUUUAAUUAAAUAAAGAUAUUACUUAUAGUGCAGUUGUUUUUUAGUUUUUAGUAAUUUUGUUUCCCCUUUAUCAUUAACAUAAAUUAGGAAUACCACAGAGUGACCUUAUAAAUAUUUUGACCAUGACAGAAGAUUUAGCACCUAUCAAAGAAGAGGAUUUCAGGCAAUUAAAGGAAAGGAUGAAAUUAAUUGCAGAUGCAGAUCCAGCGCAAUACCACAAUGAGUAUUCGCUUAAAAGAUAUUUAAGGGCUUUCAAAACAGUUGAUAAUGCUUUUCAGGCAAUAUUAAAAACCAAUAAAUGGAGAGUUGAAUAUGGUGUCGCUAAUCUGCAUGAGAACAAAGAAAUUAUUGAGAAAUACUCAAAUAAGGCUAGAGUGCUCCGUCAUAGAGAUAUUAUUGGCAGACCAAUUGUUUACAUUCCAGCCAAAAAUCAUAGUUCAAAUGAUAGAAAUAUUGAUGACCUUACAAAAUUUAUUGUGUACUGCUUGGAGGAUGCUAGCAAAAAAUGUUUUGAAGAGGUUGUAGACAACUUAUGCAUAGUAUUUGACUUAAGCAAUUUUACAUUGUCAUGUAUGGAUUACCAAGUCCUUAAAAAUUUGAUUUGGCUCCUGAGCAGACACUAUCCAGAGCGACUUGGCGUUUGUCUUAUAAUAAAUGCACCAACAUUUUUUUCUGGAUGCUGGGCAGUUAUAAAGGGAUGGCUAGAUGAAAACACAGCAGGAAAAGUGACAUUUGUCAAUUCAGAAAUGGAUCUUUGUCAAUAUCUGAUACCGGAUAUUCUACCCACCGAUAUGUAAUAAAUGUUAUGUAGUUAGUUACAAACAUCA